ACUGAUGCUACUACUAUUAUUCCUGUGUUUUGGAUUUCUCUGAAAGCCUGUGACUGUCAAAGUGAUACCUAAUUGUAGUAGUUAUCCUGUUGUGGUUUCAUCACGAUCGGAAAUACGAGGCAAAAUGCUGUACCUAGAAGAUUUCCUUGAAGUGAUCGAACAAAUUCCCCAAGAAAUAAGAGAUCGAACAACCGAUUUACGUGAACUGGACCUGGGCAUCCAAAACACUUCAGAUCAGCUGGAAGAACAAAUUAAGGUAUUCUUCGGCAAUGCGAAAAAAAUGAGGCAACAAGAUAGAGAUGCAGAGUACGAGAAAAUAAGGAAAGAAUAUUAUAAACUGUUGGACGAUGCAGAUGAAAAAGUCAACGUUGCCACAAACAUGCAUGACCUGUUGGAAAGGUACAUGAGGAAAUUAGAUCAGGAAUUAGAAAAAUUUAAGUGUGAACUAGAAGCGGAUAGCCCGGGCAUUACAGAAGUACUAGAAAAACGAUCUUUAGAACUGGAUGAACCCAUUAGAGAUAGUCAGAAGGAAAAUCACUUUGGGGGGCUCAGCACACGGUCUGAAAGGAAACAGUCGUCUUCGGCUGCUUCCAUGACAGUGAAGAAAGAAGAGAGGCUUGAGCCAAGUUUGUCUAGUGGUUUGUCAGUUUCGCCACCACCACCCUCCUCUGCUAUAUCAUAUACUCUGGGCCAUAUGGGUGCUGGCAGUAAUGCGAUUGCUGCGGCUGCAUCGCAAGCAAUAGCGGCAACGCAACAAAUGCAACAGGGUCGUCGCACGGCGAGUCUGAAAGCAUCGUACGACGCCAUCACUUCAGGUGUCCAUCCCACUGAGUUUUCAAUAGGUAGUGAAUUGGCAAAUGCAGCCCAGACUGCCCUGGCUGCCUCAGCAUUGCCCCAGGAUACAACCAGUACAUCUAACAAUGGUGCAAGCAGUACAGGUUCAAAUAGUACUAAAAAGCACAAGCGAAGGCAUGGUGGAUCUACGAGCAGUAUAGUGGCGCCGGCAGUGAUGGAGCCCUCACCAGCACCCUCUGAAGAGCUUUUGCAGGAUGCCCUUAUAGAUCACAAUUCUGAUAAUCCAGAUUGGAGUUAUGAUCCAAAUGAACCACGUUAUUGUAUUUGUAAUCAAGUUUCGUAUGGUGAUAUGGUAGCUUGUGAUAAUCCCAAGUGUCCUGUUGAAUGGUUUCAUUAUCCUUGUGUUGGCAUAACAGCUCCUCCAAAGGGUAAAUGGUAUUGUAGACAGUGUGCCUCAGCUAUGAAUAGGAGGGCAAGGAAAUAAGUAUAAAUUUUUGGUUAGGCUAGCACAGGCUAUGAAUUAUAAUUGGAGAAUUUUAAUAGUUUUAUAAGAAAUGGAGUUUUAUAAGAAGUAAUGGUCUUAUUCAAGCACUUUAAUAUGUAAACAUUUUUGAUUUAGCAUAAGUACUGCCUAGGCCAAAUACAUUUCAGCAUUUUAAGCCUUAGAUUUAAUAUGAAUCUUGAGUACCUCAUUGUAGUCUAGUACCCACUGAUAGAUUUUUAAGGACAUAGUAGAAUUGUUAGUAGAAAAUUUUAUGCUGUCUUUGGAAAAGAGUCAGCCAAACUUAAGCCUAACUGCAGUCUAAUGGCAUUGAUUCUGAUUCUACAUUUUGAUAUUUAAGUGUGGAAUAAUAUAAAAUGCUUAGCACUAGACCCAUUGGUCAAACAUACUGUUAUGGUUAUGGAUUUCAGAAUUGUUUAUUAACCUAUUAAUUAAUAGUAAGUAGUGCACUUUUUCUAAACUAAAAAUGUAGUUGCUGUAGGCUAUUAUAAAAUGUGUUAGAAGUGAGCACAUCAAACUGUAGAAUUUGGUGGAGUGCUGUAUUUAUUUUUCUGUAUUUUUGGCUCAUUAAUAUACAGUGAAUAAGAGUAUGUAAUAUGUGAAUAUUAUGAGGAUGAACUUUUAAUCCUGCCUCUUGUCUCUUAUGUUUGAGUCUUUGACUUGUACACUGAAAGUAAUUGUAGAAUUAACCAGAGAAUAGAUUACUGUUAAGUGCUGUAAGUGAGUUUUGUAGGACUCUACAAAAAAAUAAAAGUAAUUAGUAUAUACUGA